AGAGGGACCGGAAGUGUAGGGGGCACAGUUAUCGCACGGACACUUCCGGGUCAGGUGACUUUUCCGCUGUGAGCAGGCGGUCGGCGAGGCUGCGGCGGGAGAAAUUGGUGGGGUGCUGGUGUUGGAAAAGCCGCAGCCAUGACUGUGGGGAAGAGCAGCAAGAUGCUGCAACACAUCGAUUAUCGCAUGAGGUGCAUCCUGCAGGAUGGACGUGUCUUCAUCGGCACUUUCAAGGCCUUCGACAAGCACAUGAACCUGAUCCUGUGUGAUUGCGAUGAGUUCCGCAAGAUCAAACCCAAGAAUUCAAAGCAGCCAGAGCGGGAAGAGAAACGGGUCCUGGGUCUGGUAUUGCUGCGAGGAGAGAACCUGGUGUCUAUGACAGUUGAGGGGCCACCUCCAAAAGAUACUGGCAUUGCCCGGGUGCCUCUAGCUGGAGCUGCAGGAGGACCUGGAGUUGGGAGGGCAGCUGGACGAGGAGUGCCAGCUGGUGCUCCCAUGCCACAGGCGCCAGCAGGGUUAGCUGGUCCUGUCAGAGGAGUGGGAGGACCAUCCCAACAGGUGAUGACGCCUCAGGGCCGUGGAACAGUUGCUGCUGCUGCUGCUGCUGCCACAGCUAGUAUAGCCGGAGCUCCUACCCAAUACACACCAGGCCGUGGUGGUCCUCCCCCUCCAAUGGGCAGAGGAGCACCUCCUCCAGGAAUGAUGGGACCACCUCCUGGCAUGAGACCACCCAUGGGUCCACCCAUGGGAAUGCCACCUGGCCGAGGUGCACCCAUGGGAAUGCCUCCCCCAGGGAUGAGACCGCCUCCCCCAGGGAUGAGAGGUCCCCCUCCCCCUGGUAUGCGCCCACCACGACCUUAAGAUAUUCUGUGCUGUUACUGUGGAUUGUGUGGGAGCUAGAGUUAAGUGAAUGGGCUCUGUUUUGCCCCCUGAACGGCCUAGGAUUCAUUAUGUAUAUUUUUUUUCUAUUUACUGGCUGUAAAAUUUGCCCUUUUUAAUAAAGUUAGAAAAUUCUC